GCGUCAACUAUUCAGAACUGUACAUUCAAGAUCACGACCAAGUUCUGAGACGACGGUUCUUUGCUCUAAGAGUAAAUAUUGAAGAAGUGAAGAAGAUGCAAGGCCAAAUGCCCGUUGCCAUUUUUCUUUGCUUGAUUGCUGUGUGGGGUACCAGCGAAGCCGUUACGGGGAUCUUCGACUGUGACAGCAAUGGUUACCGAUACAAUUCCUGUUGCACGGGGGUCCGAGGUAUUUCGGCCAGCGUGAUGACGAAGAGGUCAAGGUCCGCCUGCAAUAUGGGCAACUCAUUCGCUUUAUAUGGCUGUAAUCUGUGGGUAAACCACGGCUGCAGAGCCCGCUUCUACGUCAACUUCGACUGUAAAAGUAUGAGAACGACAAGUGCCACUUGUAGCAGCCAUGGUUACAGAUACGCCACAUGUCCAAUCAGUGGAGUCGUUACUUCCAUGUAUGUGACCACGAAGCACUCCCGUUCCAGCUGUGACUACAACAGAAGCUUUGGUUUCCUUGGCAACCAGAUUUGGGUAGACAAGGGGUGCAGGGCCACGUUCACUGUCCACUACUGCGCUGACUCGAAGUGCUGUUAAUCAGGUUACAUUUAGUACUGAAGUCCAUCGUAUUUGAUUAUGUUUUAAUUGGUAUUUGAUUAAGUUUGGACUGUAAAGGCCAAUCAAGUAUCUAACUUUCACCUUUCAUAAUCCAUAAGUGGAAAUCUUAACAAUGUUCAAAAGACUGGCAAUUCUCAUUAUUGACACAUUUCUUGGUAGUGGUUUUGCCAUUUGGUUUUAUUUUCAACGAGCUGAAAAAAUAUAUUGAGGAUUUAGUACAAGUAUAUAACCAGGCCCGUAGCCAGGGGGGUUCGGGGGGUUCGAAAGAACCACCCCUUUUGCUGGGAAAAGGUCCACUCUGGGUAAAAUUUGAUCUAUGUUCAUGACGUUUAUAUGGAAAAAGGUCCACUUUUUCAGAAAAAGAACC